AUGGGUAUUUCUUGCAUCACAAGAAACACAUAUCCCAUCCCCCUUCUUCUUCUUCUUCUGAUCCUAAUCAUCGUCCCUUCGUCUUCUUCAUUUGCUCCCACAGACAUCGUCACAAAAGUCCUCCUCAUCAAACUCUGCUCACAAUCAACAAUUCACAGUCAUCGCUUUUGCGUCAGAUGGCUAACCGCAGAUCACAGAACGACCUCUACGAACAUUCAUGGCCUUAUCGAGCUCACAGUCGAUAAAACUCGUGCAUUUGGUCUGAAAAACCUAGCAUUGAUGAACGACUUAGCAAGAGGCUCAGGUAAUGAUAAGCAGCUCAAGAACGCUUACGAGUCAUGUGCGAAUAGUUAUGGCAUAACGAUCAAACAUCUUGAGGAAGCUAAAGAGUUUUUGCGAAAUAGCUCUUUCCAGUUAGCAUUUCACGCUGCUUCUAAAGCGCAUGAUUAUGCGUAUUUAUGCAAAGAUCAGUUCGAUGGACCUUCUAAUGAGCCGCCUUUUGUUCUGCAUCGCAGUGAGAAGCUUAUCGAAAUGUGUUACAUUGCUAGGGAUUUCGCUCGACUUUUCUAUUAA